GCACAUUCCAUAGUCCGACUGGACUAUAUAUAUAACAUGUCCUCGCACGACAUGAAAGUUUCUCAUCACAGCAGCCAAUUCAGUCAUCCUACCAAGUCAUCCGACACUCAUAUCACACAGAGAUUAGCACCGUCACCAUGCUGUUCCAAUCCAUCUUCCUCGCCGCCGCCACUCUAGCGCCCGCAGCACUUAGCUGUCCCCAACACACCAACGCCAAACGCAAUGUACACCUCACUACAAGACAACAAGUUCCGCCAGGCACCAACGUAACCCAGAACGACUGGGCCUACGAAGCAUCUUUCAACUGGGGAAAAAUCAGCCCCGACUACCACCUCUGUCAAACUGGCACACAGCAGUCUCCUAUUGCACUCUCAUUAGGCAACGGAUUGGCUUUGAACCACGUGCCUACUUUCAAGUACAACGGCAGCAUCGCCGGUAACUUCUACAACUGGGGCUACGGUCCUGCUUUCACCGUUGCACACGAUGAGAAGGCAGCGGAGGAAGACAUUGACUGGACCACCCACCCAAGCUUCACCUACGACAACGAGACCGUUUACCUCAAGGGCUGGCACAUCCACGCCCCAGCCGACCAUUCCGUAGGUGGCGACCGCAGCAAAGCCGAACUCCAUCUCGUCCACGUCGACGCUAAAGGCCACGAAGCCGCCGUCAUGGCCAUCCGUCUCGACCCCGGUAACUCCAACUCGACUUUCUUCGAGCAACUACCUGCCAUGAUUGGUUACACGGAGAUGGGUGUCGAGGAGCCUACUACCAUGGACUUUGCUCCUCUACUCGAGAGCGUACUGUACUUCAACGAGUUCUGGACUUACCAGGGUAGCUUGACAAGCCCCCCUUGCACUGAGGGUAUCCGCUGGUUCGUUGCUAGGCAGAUUCUCUUCACUGGUGUUGAUCAGAUGAGGGCUAUUCUCGGUGCUAGCACCUACUCCGCUAGGGCAGAGCAGGAAGUCUGGCAGCACAGGAUCAACGAGUAAAGAUCCAAGAGGAUUGAUUUUGAUGAGCGAUGAGAAGCGUGGAGUUGGCGGUAGGGGAAGACGCAUUGCAUUGUACAAAAGGUUACGAAUGAGCGAGGCGUCGGUGCUAGAGGAGCAGAUGGUUUACAUUGUAUUCUUACUCCCUAGAAUCCUUCUUGUAUAUAUAUAUACCUUUACGUCUUUCGAACACAUGAAUCGAUAAGUUUAUCUCUCAUCGAACUUCACCAUGCGCAGUGCCCAGCAUCGACCCUCAAAUCCUACGCAUCGCAUGUUAGCUUCACAAUCUCGUCUCUUUCUGUGAUGUUCAAGGAAGAUCGGCUUAC